UUAUAAAACUCGCAAAAGCAAAAAUACAAGGAGGUGGUGAAUUAUUAGUUAAGGAUGAAAAUUACGAAGAAAGGAAAACCCUUACAAGUGUAACAAUACUUGCUUCCUUGUGUUCUAAUGAAAGUUCUAAUCUGUUAUCCAUCAGAACAGAACCUUUGAUUGCUGAAGUUGUUUACGAACUUUUGAACAAUGACAUCUUACAUUGUAUCGCACAAACACUUGGUCAAGGAAUUGUAGAACCAGGAAAACGUGAUGAUUUAAUAAAAGCUUAUAAAACUGGCGUUGCAUUUAAUCUUAAACGAAAUCAAAGAGGCGCCGACCUUUUAAUACCUGUUCGCAUACAAGAUGAGCAUACAUUCUGGAUUAUUCAAAUCAAGAAUCGCAACCUAAAAUCUACUAAUUCCGAUUUUAAAACAGAUGCAACAUCUAAGUUGACACCUAAAUAUGUUUUUGAAAAGAGUAAUCUAGCAGAAAUUAAUUCUGAUUAUCUUGCCAUGUAUUGUCCUUUAGGGGUUGCAUGUGGAAAAACUCUCGAAAGUUUACGUGCAAUUCUUAGUGCUUACAUUAAUCCUUAUGACGAAAUGUGGUCUUAUGAUUCUAUAUUAGGAGAUCGAACUAAACAUUUUUACCCUGGUGUCCUAGCAAGCCGAAUAAGGAAUUACUAUAGGAUAAAAUACAAUGAUACCACAUAA